AAUAUGAAUUCGAAGAUGCUGCAAAUGGCCGGCUCGAUGGCCCUGGCCAGGAACUCUCUUCGUGCUGUUAGCCAGCGACGCAUGGCAGCGAUUGCCUGUGCCGACGCCCAUAAGGGCGGCAAGGGCCUCGUUUUGGGGCUGUACGAGAAGGAGGCGGGCAAGGGGCCACGUCUGACGCCAGCGGGGGAGAAGUUCGAUGAUCGUCUGCAUGGGAAACUCUCGGAACUUAUUUGCGAGACGAAGAUCAGUGGCAGGCUGGGACGCGGAAAGGUCUUCAACAAUAUUGAUGAGGAGUUCCGGUCGGUGUGCGUGGUCGGUGUGGGGCUGGAGGGAAUCGGCUUCAACGAGCUCGAGAUGAUCGACGAGGGCAUGGAGAAUGUCCGCGUGGCCGCCGGCAUUGGUGCCCGCUCCCUGCAGGCCAUCGAAUGCAUCGAGAUCCAUGUGGACAACAUGGACUACCCGGAGCAGGCAGCUGAGGGCGCAUCCCUCGCCACUUGGCGCUUCGAGGAGAACCUCUCCAAGAAGUAUCGCUCCACACAGCCCAAGAUGGAGCUCUUUGGCUCCCCGGACACUGACUCUUGGAUGCGCGGCCUCUUCAAGGCGGAGGCCCAGAACAUUUCGCGCCGCAUCGCCGAGUCUCCAGCGAACUGCAUGACGCCCACAAUCUUCGCCCAGGUGGCCGUGGACACGCUCUGCCCCUGCGGCAUCACCGUGGAGGUGCGCACGAUGGAGUGGAUCGAGCAGCAGCGGCUGCACUCCUUCCUCACGAUUGCCAAGGGCAGCUGCGAGCCGCCCAUCGUCCUGGAGCUCGCCUACUGCGGCACCUCGCCCGAGGACAAGCCCGUCCUGCUGGUGGGCCAGGGAAUCACCUUCAACUCUGGCGGAAUCAAUCUGCGUCCCUGCAAGGGCAUGGACGAGUUCCGCGGUGAUCUGAAUGGCGCCGCCUCCAUCCUGGCCACCAUGCGAGCGGCUGCCGCUUUGUCGCUCCCAAUCAACAUUACGGCCAUCUUGCCGCUGUGCGAGAACCUGCCCUCGGGCAUGUCCGUGAAGCCGGGGGAUGUGGUGACCCUCCUGAAUGCCAAGACAAUGUCCGUGCGGAACAUCGAUCGCACUGGAGUGGUGGUGCUGGCGGAUCCCCUGAUCUAUGGCCAGCAGACCUACAAGCCCCGUUUGGUCGUGGACAUUGGAUCGAUGUGCAAAGGUGUGAAGAAGGCAGUGGGCGGAGGCGCCACGGGCAUCUGGUCCAACUCGCACUACGUGUGGAAGCAGUUCCAGAAGGCUGGAUCCCUCACCGGAGAUCGUUUGUGGCGGUUCCCGCUGUGGGACUUCUACAAGCGCCGCGUGGCCAAUCACAGGAGCUUCGAUUUAUCCAACGAUGGCAAUGGCCAUGCCUCGUCCUGCCUGGCGGCCGCAGUGCUCAACGAGCUGGUGCCCUGCGCCGACUGGGCCCAUCUCGACACCUAUGGCACUGGCCUGAUGACCACCUAUGGACUGAUUCCAUAUCUACGAGCGGGCCAAAUGACGGGGCGUCCCACUCGAACUUUGGUGCAAUUUCUGUACCAGUUGGCAUGUCCCAACGAGUAGCUGCAGCCUUUCAGCUGCUGAUUCGUUUGGGUGUGGAUGGAUAUUUGUUUUAAUUGUUUGAUUUGUUUCUAUAUACAGACA